AAAAAACAGUCCCCAAUCACUCGCGAUCCCGAGCGAGUUCCCGACUCAACCACGCUACUGUUAGGUAUUAUCACCACUUCGGAGCUCCUCCGCCGUGCGGUGAAGCGCAACCAUGGCUCUCGCUCUCCGAUGCCCCCUCGUCUCCGUCUCCGCCCUAUGCUCUUCGUCGUCGUCGUCGUCGUCCUCCUCCUCCUCCUCUUCUUCUUCUUCUUCUCCCCGAGGAGCGGCGGCGAAGAGCUCCUUUUUGCCCUCGCUCAAGCCGCUUCUCGCCGCGGCUGCGCCCAAUCCUCGCCCAGAUGCUUCUCGGAGGAGCAGGAUGAGUUUGAGAUGCGAGUCGGGGGAUCCCAAGAGCUACGACCACAUCCCGAAGCGGUUUCGGGAGGAAAAUCUCAAGGAUGGAUUGAUCAAAAAUUACAAGAAUGCUCCUCGACAUCUAUACGGCCUUACUGCUUCCCAGAUGGACAUGUUUAUGACAGAAGACAAUCCAGCAUCUAGGCAGGCAGAGAAAGUUACCGAGGAAAGCAUUUCCUCGGCUAGAAACUACCUCGAUAAUGGAGGUAUGUAUAGUUUAUCCGGCAUGACAGAUGGCUUCUCGAAAUAUAGUAUGAGUGUGAGUAUGUACCGAGGAGGAGCUCGAGGAUAUGGAAGACCCAGAACCGCUCCUCCGGAUUUGCCUUCUUUGCUCUUAGAUGCCCGAAUUGUCUACCUUGGAAUGCCUAUUGUUCCAGCUGUGACUGAGCUUCUUGUUGCUCAGUUUAUGUGGUUAGACUACGAUAAUCCCUCCAAGCCUAUAUACUUGUAUAUUAAUUCGUCAGGGACGCAGAAUGAGAAGAUGGAGACUGUUGGAUCUGAAACUGAGGCGUACGCCAUUGCUGACACUAUGGCUUAUUGUAAAUCCAAGGUUUACACAGUGAAUUGUGGCAUGGCCUAUGGCCAGGCAGCGAUGCUGUUGUCCCUCGGUGCGAAGGGUUAUCGAGCUCUGCAGCCAAACGCUUCCACUAAAUUGUACCUGCCUAAAGUUAAUAAAUCUAGCGGAGCAGUCAUUGAUAUGUGGAUUAAGGCAAAAGAACUCGAUGCGAACACUGAAUACUACAUAGAAUUACUGGCAAAAGGAAUUGGUAAACCAAAGGAGGAGAUUAAGAAAGAUAUUGAGCGCCCGAAAUAUUUCCAAGCACAAGAAGCGAUCGCAUAUGGAAUUGCAGACAAGAUUAUUGAUGCACGAGAUGCAGCAUUUGAGAAGAGGAACUAUGAUGAGAUGCUGGCACAGUCGAAAGCUAUGCGGAGGGGCGCAGGGGUUGGUCCACAGGCAGCUCCAUCCGGGUUUAGGUAGAUUUAGAAGCACAUACAGUGUCAAAGCAUCGUAAAAAGGUAUGAGUGUGGUCUCUGAAAGGAUGCAUGUAAGGAACUCGCGAAGCUUCUUUCUAGCUUAAAACAUGUAUACUAGAAGUUGCUUCCUGUCGUGCGCUUCCUCACUUGGAGGAUAACUUAACUGCAGUAGCUUCGAGGUUUAUACUUGUAUAAUGAAACCACCUUUAAUCUUCCGUUUGAGCGAGGAUGUUCUCUUUUUUCGGUGAUGACGCGAUUUCGAGAUGUUUGGCUGUAUACUGCUAGUGAUGUUUUCACAUAUAGUAAGUACCAUGGAUAGUAUGUGUUAGCAGCACUGAGUGGAAAUUAUUUAUACUAAAGCACCAAAGAUCCGAUCCAGCCUUGUUCACGACUUAGGAAAAUUAAAAUGAUGUUGCAAGUCUUUGUACUGUUUUUUCUUAUAUAUGAAUUGAGUCUCGACUAUUUGAGAGUUAGUA